UAGCAGCUGAUACUAAAAAAAUCACUAGUUUUUUUAUGAAAAAUGAUACUCAAGCUAUAGAUUCACAAUCAUAUGAACCUAUUAAAAUAGAUGAUUUAAGUGAUUCUAAAAGUGAAAUUAUUGAUCCAUACACCUAUUGGAUAAAUAAAAAAUUACAUGAAUUAAAAGAGCAGUUAGAAAAGCAUCAUGAUCAAUUAACAAUCUUUGAGUAUAAUUAUAAAAGAGCAAUUUUUGAAUACCUUACCUUAUUAAAUAAUAAUAAUAGAC